CACGCCCCGCAGACGGCGGGCAGCGGCACCGGAUCGGUGGCUGUUUGCGGGGAGGUCCGUAGGGAGCCGGGAGAUGAAUAAAACAAGCCGGACCACCGGGCGAGCAGAUCUGCUCCCUUGCAAAAGUCCUUAAGGAAUCGAUCAGGAGAUGCCGGCAAAAGAAGUUGGUGAAAGCCAGGCUGGCGUGGCCGGGAGCUGUGUGCCGACGGCACCGUCACGCACCGGGAGCAGCUGAACUUUGUGGGUUUUGAAUAGAGGUUUCUCCUCUGUGGAGGCUUCGGGCAGCGUUACGGGGAGAGUCACCGCACACCUUGCGCCUGCUGUUACCCAGACUGAGUCCGGGGGACGGCAACGGGGGGACUUCUGUCUCUCCGAGGACCAUCACCUGUGAAAAGAAGCUGGAGAAAGGCAAUUUAUCUUUCUUUUCCAGAUGACUGAAAAUACCUACAGGAUCCUGUCACUCCAGUUUUCAUCAGGAAGUAGCGUCCGGGAGAGACGGCUGAGGAACAGAAAUGAUAGCAGUCAAAAUCAUUCCAGCACCUACUUUUUCCCAAGGAACUUCAUGCCUGUAGGGGUUUGCUGUGGGCAUUUCCAUGAGUGAGGACCGACGUACCGCAGAUGCAUCCCUAUCGGAUCAUGUAAGAAUUUGCAAAUGAGAAACCUACCCCAGCAAGACCAUCUCUGCCCAGUUUGCAGUACAUGGUUUGUUGUAAGCACAGCAGUUCUCGCCUCUUUCUCUCCCUUCUAAAUCUCUUGGGCUUGGAGAUCUCUUUCCUCAUUGCAAUUAUGAUUAUUUGCAACAUCAGUGCCAUCAAAGAUUGGAGCACAUUCCUCUCCCAGAUCCUGCCCAGCGUUAACAAGACUCUGAACUUGGUACAGCAAGUGGAAGCCACCACCAGCUCGGUGGUAAGUGUCCUCCAGGACCCUGAGCAGGACAACUACCUGUCCAACAGCCAGUCUAUGAACUCCAGCAACUUCACGGCUGGCCUGGACCACUUGUUCCAGUACUCGUACUCAGACAAUGACCAGCUUUACAAGGAGUACAAACCCCCUCCUCGAGACGCCAUUCCUUUGCCCAAGGCUGUCCUCUACCUUCUCAUGGCAGCCCUGGUGGUGGUGGCAGUGGCGUACGCCAUCGUCGGGCAUCUCAUCAAGGACCUCAUUCACGACUUUAUAGACUGGAUCUUCGGCCCCAGCCCUGAUGACAACAGCAACAAAAGCGAUGUCAACUGCAUCAGCAACAGCGUCAACGAGAUGAGCGAGAUCCCCGAGGCGCCACGGCACCGGGACCGCCAGCCCCAGGACGUGGUCAUUGCCAUCGGGGAGACCUGCCACCUCCCGCAGCAGACAUGACCGGCGUGGUGGCCGGGCCAGGCGGGAUGGAGCAGUGGGAUGGAGCAGGAGGGACGGAGCAGCGGGAUGGAGCAGGAGGGAUGGAGCAGCAGGAUGGCACAGCGGGAUGAUGCAGCAGCCAGCUUGCAGGACCGGGCGGCGAGAGGAUGGGAUGGGCAGAGCCAGCACCAUGGAGCAAAACCCUCCUCGCCCCGGUUUUGCCAACCUCUAAGGACCUUGCCGGGGUGGGCAGCAUCGCCCCUUCUCCCGGGCUCGUCAGUCCUGCCCUGACAUCUGCCCAUGGGUUUGUGACCUCCCUUUCUUCCCUGUGAAUAGCAAAAAAAAAAA